CACAUUCUGCUACAUCCUUUUACAGACUUACUGAAAUGGAAGGAUUCUUAAGAAUUAUAGUCAUCGGUGUCUGUGUCGUUUACAUUAACGCCCAAAGUUAUCAUGAAUUUGGGCUGAUUGAAGCAUGUGGUGAUUUAAAUCAAGAAGAUUUCAUUGUCAAAUUUGAUGAUGAACAGGUGGGACAUGUAGACUUCAAAGAGCAAAAAGAAAUCCUCACAUUACCUGACUUUGCUGGCCAAAUUGAGCUACCGCCACUGUAUGCGGACGGAAAAAAAGGCGUAUCUGUUUGCAAAAAUGUUGCAGGUGUGCUUAAAGAGGUGUAUGCCAAUUCAUCUGUACCACUUGAAUCCCCCUGGAGCUCAAUUUAUCCCAAAAGUGAGGCACAGUUGAAUGUCAAAAAUGCCCUGAUCUGUCAUGUGACUGGAUUCUUCCCUCCACCUGUCAAAGUUUCAUGGACCAAGAACAAUGUGAAUGUGACAGAUGGAUCAACCAUCAGCAGAUAUUACUCCAACAAAGAUGGGACACUUAAUGUAUUUUCUCGACUGAGCUUCAUUCCAGAGGAAGGAGACAUUUACAGCUGUUCUGUGGAGCACAAAGCCCUUCAACAACCUCAAACCAGAACAUGGGAUGUAGAGAUAACGGAGCCCAGCAUCGGCCCAUCAGUGUUCUGUGGAGUUGGUCUGGCUCUUGGGCUGCUGGGUUUGGUCACUGGAGUCUUUUUCAUUGCCAAAGGAAACAACUGCAAUUAAUGCUGAUACAAUAACACUGACACCUGUAUUAUUUUGUUUUGGUUCUCAUGUGAAGUUACAUGUGUACUGAAGGAAAAUUAAAAUUGUGUUUUAAUGUUAAUUAACUCUAAAUGCCCUUUGCACUGAUUUUGC